CUGUUGCAACUCGGUGUUCUUUCGCUUGGCGUUUUCCUCGCCUCGCUUGUGCUCGUUGACUUGCCGCUUCACAGUGGCGAGCUCAGCCUCCUUCUCCUCAUACCGCUCUUGCAACUUCUUGUACUCUUCUGUGUCCAUCGUGUUGCUCAGCCUCCUCAAGUCCUGACACCGACCAACCAAAGGGGACGAAACAAAAACAGCGAACAGACUCGUGUCUCUUGUGUGCGCUUGCUGAAUGCGUGCGUACCUCGUUGGCGUUCCGCAGCUGCUUCUGCAGCCGAUCGACCUCCUCCUGCAGUUCCUCGAUGAACUGCUGCUCGCCGACGCUCAUUCUCUGCCGAGAGCUGGUAAUCAGCGACCCUCUGCGAGAAGAAGGGCCCUUCUCUCUGGGCUCCUCCUCCUGACGUGCCUUGUCAAUGGACUCCGUCAGGAGGAGGAGUCUUCCCAUUGACAGUAGUCCGCUGUCCAUUGUCGCGAACGCACUCUUCCGUCGCUGCUGCGAGUACCGACCUCUGGGCUUCUCCUCCUGACAUGCCUUGUCACUCUCGUCGCUCUCCAUUGACUCCAUCUGUCGCUCGUAGCUCUCCGAUAUCUCGUCGAGGCUUCCCAUUGACAGUAGUCCGCUGUCCGUUGUCGCGAACGCACUCUUCCGUCGCUGCUGCGAGGACCGACCCGAGGCGUCAAGCCUCUGCCCGGGGCUGCGGUCCAUGGAGACGAGCACCUGUUGGCGAAACUGCUCAUUCUCACUCAGCAGCUGUGCGAGCUCUUCAUUGGCAGCACCAGAGGCAGAGGCUGCCGACUCUCGGCGGCUUGCGGCUGACUCUCCUUGAGACGACGUGAAUGACUGCGAGAGGCCGCCGUGCGAAGCCCCGCUGCCCUGCCGAGACGGCACACCAGUGGUGAUAGCCCUGCGCAUGGCAUCGAGGUCGCUGUGGCCGCUGGAAUCCACGAAAGGAAAGGCGCCGCCGUGCUGACUGCUGGAGGACACGACCUCACUCGUCCCUGCCCCGAUGUCGCUGCCACUCCUUCCCAGACUCAGUCGAACACCCUUUCGCGGCGAGGGGCUGCCUGCUGUCGAGACGGUGAGGGGCUCUCGUUCAGAGGGGCUGAGGGUCGAUGGCCUGCCCUUCAAUGCUCGCCCAGGGAGGAGACCCUCGUAUCGGUUCUUGACGUCGUCAUAUUUCCCCAUGUAGCGCGCCGCGCUCUCGCCCAUGAGGCGAUCGUCUGCGUCGAAAUCAUCGUCAUCGCUCUCCUGCAGACAACACAGCACACAUACGCAGAGAGGGAGAGAGAGGUCCAGUCGAUCUCUUUCCCUCAGUCCUGUGUGUGCGUCACAGUGCGGCGCACCUGUCUGUCCGUGUCCUGCCGUUUGUGUGUGGUGGGGGCUGCCACUGCGGCCAUAUCGCGGCACCACUCGCCAUCACCGUCACUCGCACUGCUGGCACUGCUGCUGCCUCCCUUGCCUGCAGCAUCAAGACCGGGCGUUGCUGCUGCGGCUGCUGCCACUUGGUCUGGCGGGUAGUUGCGAUCACGCUCCUGAGAGCACCACAACACACACACACACACACACACUUUUUCACGACUGUGUGGAUGUGAGGAUGAGUGACGGUCUGUGUGCCUACCUCGUGGACCUCCUUCAGGUUGAGCUUGGGAAGGGCUGGCGGGGGCAGCGAGGGGCUCCGCUGGUGGCGGUUGUGGUGCACAGGGCGGGGGAGGAAAUGGACCUGACGGUACACACAUACACAGACACACAGGUAAGAGUGGAUCUGUGUGUGCGCCCUGCCCUGCCGUGCAGUGCCGUGCCUACGUCCUCGAAAUCUUCCUCGUCAUCUGAUUGACCAACACACAGACAGUCAGAUAAAAGGUGACUGACAGAUGUGCAUCAAUCAACCAUCCCCAUCCGUCGGUGAGAGUGCGAUGCGUACCGCUGAGUGGCUGCAGGCGGUGUGGUGAGGCCAU